AUGCCCAGUACCAAUUGCACGCUUGUUGGGAAGCAGGAGAAGAUGCAGCGAGCCUUUAUAGCUGUCCUCACCCUUUCUCUUGGGACAGCAGGGGCUGCUCCCAGGUACGUCUGCACGUACCACGAUGUUAUCAAGCACUUGAACAUCUCCUCUUCCGACAAGCUGUCUGCACACGUGCUGCCCAAGAGGAACUGGACGGAGCCCGUGGAAGUGAAGAUGGAUUUUAUGCUCAUGGCUAUUCUCUCGGUGGUUGAAAAGCUCCAGACUGUCACUUUCUACUUUGUGCUGAAUUUGGAGUGGAUGAACAGUUUAGCGACUUGGGACCCGCGGGACUUCUGCAACAUUUCCAGGAUUGCUCUGCCCCUGGAUGCAUACUGGUCCCCCCCGCUCUUCAUUUUAGAAGAAGUCGGCGAUCAGAAGUCCAGCAGGAUGGAGUACUUGGUGAUCACGCACGACGGCGGCUUCAACACCGCCCUGCCCUUCCAGGUCACCGUCACCUGCGGCCUGAAGAUCCUCAGGUUUCCGUUCGACACCCAGACGUGCAAUAUUAGCGUGGCUUCGUACCUCUACCCAGCAGUAACAGAUCUCAUCAUGAGGAUGAAACGGACCCCAGCUGAGAUGAAGAAAAUCAGCCAGUCCAACUUCCUAACGGAUGGAGAAUGGAAGUUCACCAACCUGAGCAUCGUUGAAUCUAUAGAAGAAAGUGAAGACAUGCGAUUUUGCAUCAUGACCUAUAUGAUUUCCAUGGAGAGACGACCCAUUCUGUACGUUCUGAACCUGAUCCUCCCGACAUGCGCCCUGUAUCUGCUGGACAUGGCCGUGCUGUUUGGACCCAUCUCUCUGGAGGAAAAAAUCAAUUUCCAGAUCGCCAUCAUCCUCGGCAGCUCCAUGAUGGCCGUGAUCCUCAACAACAUGCUGCCGACCUCCUCCAACGAGCCGCCCAUAAUAGUGGUGUUUUUCCUAGGCACCUUCCUGCUAAUGAUCAUGGCUGCUUUGGAUACCCUGUUCCUGUUGCAUCACCAGCCCAACGUAGGCAAGGCUACCACGCUCGGCCGGAAAGUUGUGUGCGCUGAGACGGCCAAGGCAGACGUGAGCAACCAGCCCACAAAGUACCUGGAAAAGGAGCGCCCGGAACUGCUCAAACUUCCCAAGAGCCAGAGAAGAGGCCACCAAAGCUGGUGCCGCUGCGCGCCGCGGGAGCAGGACCCACUGCUGCCCAUUUUGGAGAAGGUGCUUCUAUACGGUCACUUCAUCCUGUCCCUGGUGUUCUUUAUUAUUGUUAUUGCAAAAUGGAGAAGUUAA